CAGCCAAUCAGAACACACGCUAGGCGUUGCGGCGGCAUUUUCCAGCUGUCCGAGGUGUUGUCACCUGCUACUUUUGAGUCAACUUGCUACAAUUUCUUUCACGCUGUCCGUCGCAGCGCGCCGUUUCGCUCUUUCGUCUCACUGUAAUUCUUUCAUCGGGAGAAAACAGAAGCUUCCGGCAAACAAUGCAGUUCGCUGACAUGCAGCAAAGUCGUCAUAACACGUCAGAGAGCCAAGCUGGCUCUUCAUCGUACUGUGUUCGCGACAUUGCGUCACAAUUUGAGCGGCCAUCUGAGUUUCACUCUUACUCGCUAUGUGACGCCAAUUCACUGCAUGUCGCCAAUCAUUUUUCUAGUGAUUCUGUCAACGUGUUUGCGAGUUCGAAGGAAGAACGUUCGAACGCUGAUUCGCUGCACGCGUCUCACGUGACACGAUGCUCGGCGCCAACAUUGCACUCAUGCGGCCGGUUGUCGUUAUGUCACGCAGUUUCUUGGAACUCAAACGCGUGGAGAUAUCCUAGUCAACUGUUUGGUUCUCAAUUCGUUCCCAUUCAGCCGAGGCUUCUGGGCUGCACGCCUCAAAAAUUUCCAAUUCAUUCAUCAACCACACAUGCGCGAUUUCAGUUUCAACAGAAGAAUGUGUUGACGUCUGGAGAGCACAUGACAAUGACGCCACAAGACAAUAAAGUUGUUUCUGAUGGUUUUACUGACUUGAAGGAAGCUCUUGAGGCCAACAACAGUGUUGGCCCGGGAACAAAGCUGUUGCAAUACUUUGUGGAAUGUGACGUUGACCCUUCAAAUCACAUCACAGAAAUUCUCACAGAACUCGGAUCCUACUUUGUCAACCAUUUCUCUUGUGUUAUUGGAGACUCUAACGGAAGAGUAGCAAUGAAGUGCUUUUUGUUGAGUACGAGGUUGUAUUAUCGAGUGCUUGAAUCGCUGUUACAGAGAGAGUCGGCACGACUACCGGAAAGGAACUUAAGCUCUCUUUUAUGGAAAGAGAUUCUACAUCAAGUCCUCGUUGCCUGCAGCAUUGAAGUAGUGAUGUUUUGUUAUGGUAACACCAAACCACUAAGAGGCUACUUGGAUGUUGCUUGUUUUCCUUGGAUUAUUGAAAUAUUUAAUAUCGAGCCAUUUGACUUUUUGAAAGUGAUUGACAACUUUAUUGUCAGUGAGCCGCUGUUGUCACUCGAUGUCAUCAAUCAUCUCCACCAAAUAGAAGGGAGCAUCGUUGAAACCCUAGCAUGGGACGGAAAAAGCAAAUUGUUUCAACUUGUGUCAGACAUCGACGUUCACAAAUGUCUAACCGAAGUUGAAGAAUCUUGUUCUGACUCUGUUGUUGUGGACUUGGUGCAGAAUACUUUGGAUGAACAUGCAAAGUCUUCAGUGUUGGAGUAUUUCUAUAGGAAAGUCCACCAACUGACAUAUUGUCGUCUUCAACUCAUGUGCUCGAGUCUUGACAUUGAAGCUUCACUAAGAGAGAAGAUUUGGACUCUAAUGAAAUUUGUAGUGACGUGUUUGCCGAGUUUGGUCAAGAACAGGUGUAUUGAUCAGAUACUGCUGUGUUCAGUGUAUGGUAUGUGUAAGGUUACAAACCAGGAGCUUCAAUUCAAGCACAUUGUUACACGAUACAGACAACUGCCAUCCGCAUCUGCAGAGAUUUAUCGUCACGUCUUUAUACAAUCAGGAGAGUAUAGUUCAGUAAUUGUGUUCUACAAUGUUGUGUUCAUGCCGGCUCUCAAAGCUGUAUUGCUCAAAUUCCUACCAGAGAAACAGACUAUUGCAACUCUUCCUCCUCCUGAAUUAGCAAAAGGUCCUUGCACUGCCAGGCCGUGCAAGGCCACUUCGGGCUUAAACGUUUACGUGUCACCGAUGAGACGAGGAGAAACAAGAGAAGUGAAGAUGACACCGAGAACAAGGGCUCUCUACUCAUUUGGAGACUCAAUCGGGAGUCCAUGUCGAUCGGCUAGUCUGCAGCACAUCAAUGACAUGAUGAGACGAUGUGCAAGGAGAGGUCCACUGAAAAAGCGUCUCAAGUUUAACUCACAACAUCAGACGUUAACCACUCAUCACGCACAAGCUCCUGAUGUGGACAAGCAUGCAGAUCACCAUGCAGCCGAGCAAGCCCAUCACUCACUAUUCUCUCCCAACCUCUUGCAACAACUAACAGAACUCACUCAUGAUAGAGACUUUCUUGAAAGUGUGACAGUCAGCCAGUGAUGUGUGUGUAUCAUAGCAAUUGUGUUGAACGACCAUCAGAAGGAAUAUUGAUCACCCCUAUGAUCAUUGAUGAUAUACAGACCUUAUCCUCAUUAACUUAUUGAUAUUUUUCUUGAAGUCUAUCUAUUGUAAUUGGAGUGUGGGAAUGUUGAUGGUGUAUUAUUGUUAUUGUCCUCUAAAAUGUUGUAUUUAUUGCCUUACCGAAUGGGUAAUCUUGAAUUUGUUUGUUAAUUUACUGGGAAGGCGAUAAGA